GGGUUGGGGGGGGGGGGCGGGGAAACUGGCUGGGCGGAAGAAGUCGAGCCCGAGAAAUUUCCGGUUCCGGUGUCAGCUCGAGGCGCCGCCGCCGCAGCCGCCGGAGCCGCGAUGCCUAAAGGAGGGAGAAAGGGGGGCCACAAAGGCCGGGCCCGGCAGUACACGAGCCCGGAGGAGAUCGACGCCCAGCUCCAGGCCGAAAAGCAGAAGGCCAGGGAAGAAGAGGAACAAGGAGAAGAAGGUGGAGAUGGGGCUGCAGGUGACCCGAAAAAAGAGAAGAAAUCUCUAGAUUCUGAUGAGAGCGAGGAUGAAGAAGAUGAUUACCAGCAAAAGCGCAAAGGCGUGGAAGGGCUCAUCGACAUUGAGAACCCCAACCGGGUCGCACAGACAACCAAAAAGGUCACGCAGCUGGACCUGGAUGGGCCCAAGGAGCUGUCCCGAAGAGAAAGAGAAGAAAUCGAGAAGCAGAAAGCAAAAGAGCGUUACAUGAAGAUGCAUUUAGCGGGGAAGACAGAGCAAGCCAAGGCCGACCUUGCCCGGCUGGCGAUCAUCCGAAAACAGCGGGAAGAGGCUGCCAGGAAGAAAGAAGAAGAGAGGAAAGCAAAAGAUGAUGCGACCUUGUCAGGAAAACGAAUGCAGUCGCUCUCCCUGAACAAGUAGCACGGCCUGUGGGAGGAGAGACCCGGGAACUGGGCCGUGCUGCCAGGACCUCCGCUGCGUCUCACCCGCCCUGUGCCCCGGUGCCGCUGCAGCAGCCCCUCGUGGCGAGGAGCCCCCCACGGCCUGGGACCUCCUCUUCAUCUUGGCACGGAAAUCGUUUGGGGGGAUGGUGGGUGGGGGGCUGGGGGAGGGGCAGCUGCUAUCUUUGAGGCAGAAAGAUGCAGGACAGCAUUUCAUAUGUAACCAUUCAAAUGUUUUGGCUGUUUUUAGAAUUCAGAACCCUUGUUGGGGGGUACCUGGGAGGUGGGUUAAGAGGAGCUUCCAUUUGUCUGGUAGAUUGCGAGGCAGGGGGCGGUUGGGGCCGCAGUAGCUGCUGACGAGUUUGCGAUGGCCUGUCUGCCCAUCCCCCGGUCUGUGUUCCCUGGGUGCUCACUCAGAGGGGCUGGCAGCUGGCAGCCCGUGCCCAUGGGUCCCUGAGGGUCACGGCUCAUCCUGGCCAGUCCCCUCUGAUGGACGCCUCCCCUUGCCCUUCCCACCCCACUCCCUGCCCCCUACUCUGGCCAGGCCCCGGCCCGUUCGUAACCCCGCCCGUGGAUCAUUUCGAGAAGCCUGUUUACUGUGCAGCACCCAGGCACAACACGCUCCACAGAUCCAACUUGUAUAUUUGGCAAAUUAAACUUGACAUUAUCGUAA